ACCAUACGAUAUGUGGUAGCUCGUGUUUAGAAAUCAAGUCCACCACUUUCGCAAAAUUUUCACAUUUUCGCUGUACGUCAAAUCGCCUUUCUCAAUGUUCCGAUGCCGUGAAACUCUUGUGAACUCCUGAAGUCUUCUUUUUCCAUCCAACAAGCACCGGUUGGACACAUGAAGUCGUUCAUUUUGGUGGAUCUAAGUGGAAUUUUCGACCAAGUUUUGUAAAUUCUUACGGGCGAGAGAGCUAGAGAGGUAACCCCUGCAUUUUCCGGGCGGACGUCGUUCGACGGUCGUGCUGAUUCAAUCACAUUUUGGACAAUACACACGAACUCGCUGAAAUAGUGCCUCGCUUGGGAAUUCUCGCAUUUGUGUACACUACACCAGGCAACAUGGCGUUUUCACUGGAUUUUAUUUUCGUGUUGGUUGGGACUAUUUUGGCCGUAUUUUCUGGACUUACAACAGCCCUAUCUGGACAGAAUGGAUGUGCCGACGUUCGGGAUGCCUAUCAAGAUAAAGGAUUUAGCACAAAUGAAGUACCGGACUUUGCAGUUUCGGGAGAACAUCUAAGAAUAUGUCCACAAGGUUUCACAUGUUGCACUGCUGACAUGGAGGAAAAACUCAGCCUGACCAGUGGGUCCGAGUUUGAGGAUUUAGUUUACGAAAAGAGCAGCUACUUUAGAGACUACUUUAUCAGAAGAUCGGAGAGAUUUGACGAUUUUUUCAAAGAGUUGAUCGAUAGAGGGCAAGCCGAUCUCCGAGACAUGUUCACAAAAACCUACGGGUCGCUAUACCAACAAAACUCUGAGUUCUUUGACGAACUAUUUGAAAACUUUCGUCGGUAUUACUACGGCAGCGACAUCGACCUCGCCAGCACCAUGGAGGAUUUUUUCACGGAGUUACUGCAACGGAUGUUCAGUCUUCUCAACCCACAGUACACAUACACAGAGUCAUUCUGGGAUUGCUUAAUACAGCAUACAGACGAUCUGAAACCGUUUGGCGACGUACCAGCUAAACUCACCUCCCAUAUCAAAAGAGCAUUUAUUAGCGCAAGAACUUUUGUUCAGGGGCUUUCAGUCGGACGAGACGUCAUAACCCAAGUUUCAAAGGUUUUGCCAUCACCAGAAUGUCAGAAAUCAUUAAUGCGGAUGUCAUACUGCCCUCACUGUCGAGGACUACCCACGACCAAGCCCUGCUACAACAUGUGUCUGAAUACAAUGAAAGGAUGUCUAGCAGAGCAGGCAGAACUGGACGCAGCGUGGAACAAUUAUAUUGAUGCCCUGUUGACACUGGUAGACCGUCUGGAAGGACCAGUGAAUAUCGAAUCUGUCAUGGAACCCAUUGAUGUCCGAAUCUCUGAGGCUAUCAUGAACAUGCAGGAGAAUGCGAUCACAGUCACAAACAAGGUUUUCCAAGGUUGCGGUAAGCCACGCAUCUCAAAGCGCGAUGUCGGCAUCGAGGGAGAGCGAGCACGCAGCGUCAAGAGACAGAGAGAAGGAGGUUCAUCUAGGCGUCGAGGGCAGCAGUCCUCACCUGCCAUCACGCCUACCACGACCAGCAUGGAGAAGUUGAUCAAGGAUGUCAGAGGUCAUAUCAAAGACACCAAGGGCUUCUGGACGUUACUGCCGUAUAUGAUUUGCGAUGACGUCGCUGCCGAUGUCACUGUGGUUGAUAUCUGUUGGAAUGGACAGACAAAAGGAAGCUACAACCAUCCACCUGUUGGUAACGGCAUAGCCAAUCAAGUCCAUAAUCCAGAGGUUGCCAUGGAAUCAUCACAGCCAAAUUUCCUGAUCAACAAACACAUCACUUCUCUACGGACGAUCACCAACAGACUGACUGGAGCUUUCAACGGAGAAGAUGUUGAGUGGGUCGACACUGAAGGAUAUGGCAGCGGAUCAGGCAGCGGUAGCGGUUCCGGUGACGGUAAUGACGUCACAGUCAACCCCGGUGACGUCUCGUUCACCGAUAUAGAAGAUCCCAUCUACAGGCCGACGAUUAAACCCCCGAACGAUGCCUCGUCGUUAUACAUCAGUUAUGCAACUCGAUGGGUCGUCUCCGUGUGUGUAACAACCGUUUUAACGUUCCGUUUACUUUGGUAGCCACAGGGUAUAUUAUUAUUUCAGAAUUGUUUGUAGAUGUUUGUUUGUUUUAAAUGUCGGGUUUAUUUUUUAUUUUUGUAGUUAUCACGUCACAAACAGCAUCUCGGCGAAUUUUGCACUGGAAUUUUUUCGAAGAAAAAGAAAAAGCUCACCUAGGGAUUUAUUCUUCCCUCAUAAUCCAUAUUAAUCUUGUAAGUAGGUCAACAAAUUAGCGUAAAAAAAUUCUUCUUCUUAUUUUUUUCCUAAUAAUGUCAAGAUUAGUAGCCCUUGUGGUAGAAGUAGUUCUUUUGUAAAAAAAUAAGUGGAAGCUCUUUGUAAGAAAAAAAUAACAUGCUGCAGCCGGAGUGCUUAUAUGCAUUUAACAAGUAUUUAAAACCAAUAUUUGCAAGUUCACUUUCGACCUUAAACAGAAAUAAUGAAUAAAUGUGACCUUUUUUGACCCUUCCGUAAUUUCGACCAAACAGCUAGAGUUUUAGAACAUCCAAUAAUGUGCGUUGUAAAGCGCUCUGUUUUUUUCAUAUCUCUUUAAAACAGUUUGAUCAUAUCAAAUAAAAUUACUACUUAAGUAAACAAAUAAAUGUUCCUUCUGAAAGAUUCAUUGGAUUAUUUUAAGCGCACUCAAUUAAGCGUAAUUUAUGUAAUUUUUUACUAAAAAUGAUUUUUUUUAAAGCAAGUAUUUAAUAUGUAUUGAUCACAUUGAGUCUUAUAGCUCAGAAAAACUUGCUUAACAAUUAAAUUUGCUUAGUGAAAAUAAGCCGGAUACCAGUCACAAGUAAUGUACAUUACAUUAGAUUUUGGCUGGUAACCUGUAUCUGCUAAGCAAGAUUUUUUCUCAGCUUAGCAAAUUUGUGUACUUGACAGAUUUGUGAGAUUGGGAUAUGGUCUUAGAGCUUAAGUGUUUAAAUGUUUGGAAAUCUUCAUGUGAGUUGUUGCAGUUUUGAGCUCGUUUUUAUAAAGCUAAUUUGUACAAUCCUACUAUAAAAAUUGCCAAAUCAUAAAUUCUUUUUGAAAAAAAGUAUCACAAUUUUUUGGAAACAAUAAAUCAAAAACCUAGAAGUAAUUUUGGUAGUUCUUUGCUAAAGUUUGCAAAUUAUGUGUGAUUGUUAUAAACAUGUUAGAUUCGCUUAGAAGAAAUUACACAUAGAAAUAUUACAUCUUGCUAGAUAUUUGACAAACAUUUUAAGUUAAAUGAGACUGUUUGUACAAUUGAGACAAACAAUUCUUGCAAAACAAUAACCAUUAGUAAAAACAACUGCAAAAAAAACCCCACAUUUUCAAGAAACAAUCAGUCUGAUAAAGUCCGCUAAAAUCUUCAAUCAUUUUUACGAUUGUGAAUUUCAAAUCAUGAUUUUUACAUUUGCAUUCAAAUGGUGCCAAAAUGAUAAUAAAUUUGCAUGAAGAAAUAUUAUAAUAGUACAAGAAGAGUUGUUUAAAAAAGUACAUCACCCAUCUUUUGCCUGCCUUUUGAUUGGACAAUUUUUUAAUUUACCUACGAGAGAAAAAAAAACACCGGAGGAAAUUUUGUUUUGAUAUUCUUUUUAAAUCUGAAGCUAUGCAAAGAAUGCAUUCUACUUAUAUUUUAUAGACACAGGUUUUUAGAAAUGUUGUUUUGUAUUGGUUUUAUUUUUUGUAUUUUAUCUCGCCAGUUCAAAUAUUCACUGGUAUCCAAGUGUUCACAAGUAUCCAUGUAACUGAAAUUUUCCCGACCCCUGUUAUCCUCACAUAAGGUUUUUCAUACAAUUGGCGAAAAAAAAGCAAAUUGGAAAAAAUAUUGCUCUGUUUUUUUUUUAACUUUAAGAGAAAUUCGUUUUAAAAAACUGCCUUUUUAUAUGUGUGGCCAUGUUACUUUUUAAAUCUUGAGGUUUUCAAAAGAUAUACCCCGGAGUUGUAGAGUUUGUUUUGGAUUUUAUUUAAAAAGAGGUGAAGUCAAAACUGCCCGCAGUUGUAAAUAAUAUGUACCUCAUUGUAAGCUUUUUACCAAAUAAUUUAGUACUUAACCAAACAUAUGUUUGUAGUCUUGCAAUGCAUUGUGUAGAAGUGUUGCGUCAAGUUGUAUAACUUAAAAGAAAUCUUAAAAAAAUGUGGACCAUUUUUGCUAUAGACACCAUGGUUUAACACAAUGUGAAUAUGUACAGAAUAAAAAAAAAAAAAGAAAGAAAAAGAGAAACAAAAAUUCACGUCAAAGUAGAGCGUAAAUGCGAGAGAGAAAGCGAAUGUGCGUAAACGUGAUGAGAUGUAAACUGAUUGGAGAAAUCGCCGUUGGUAUUUUAACAAAACAUGACUUGUAACUAUUUACUACUUACAACUAAAAAAUGUGGUAAAGUUUUUGUAUUAUUUGUUUUUUUGGGGUUAAGCUAGCUGCUGUAGUCGAAACUAGAUUAUUGUGUAACUUAUUCAAACUAUGUUUUGUUUUUUGGGAAGAACAGAUUAUUGGCUGUCAUAUGUGCACUGUAAUAUAAAGCCUUUAAUUUUUGUGCGGGAUGGACAAAAAGUGGUGUGGGGAGACGGAGUUAAGCACAGAAAGAAAAUACGGGAAACAAAACUGCCGGUGGUCGGAUGUUCACAGGGUAGAUAAAAGUAAAGUUUAAAAAAAUCAUGUGUACUUGAAAAUGGAUUUUAAAUGUAUUUUAGACCUUGUUCAGAAAAAGUGUGUGUGUAAAAAAAAAAACUUGUCGCACUUUUGAUUUUAAAUAAUAU